AUGUACAAUUGGGAAAAAGCGAUGGAACAACGAGUACAUGAAAUACGUGAACGUGAACUUUCGCAUAUUUUUAAAUCUAGCUGUUUGAGAUCUAUUAAUGUUGCUCUCUUCGUUACAUCAUUACUUUUAACUUCUCUUGCUACAUUCGGUACAAGUUGGUUAAUGGGUCGAACUUUGUUUCCAGAAGAUAUUUUUGCGACAGUAGCCUACUUUGCUAUGGUUCGAACAUCAGUAACUGUUUUAAUGCCACUUGAUAUAGAAAAGUUAAGUGAAGCACGUGUUUCUGCGCAAAGAAUCGAUCAGUUUAUGCGACUCGACAUAUUGUCCAAUAAAUGUGAAGAAGUGGAAAAAGAAAAUGGGGAUCAUGCAAUCAUAAUGGAAGAUGCAUCAUUUUCUUGGAAAGAAUCUUGUUGUCUGUCUUCGCUCAAUCUCAAGAUCAAGCAUGGUACUCUGGUUGGAGUGAAAGGUGCCAUUGGUGCUGGCAAGUCAACUCUUCUAGCUGCCAUUCUAGGUGAGAUCAACCUUGUCAGUGGACAACUACGAAAAUAUACCGAUUCUAUUUCAUAUGCUCCACAACUGCCUUGGAUAUUUGCUGAUACUAUUCGAGCUAAUAUUCUUCUUGGCAAACCAAUGGAUGAAGAACGUUACAAGAAUGUAAUAAAGGCAUGUUGUCUUGAUAUUGAUCUACAAAAUUUCGGUGAAGUGGGUGAUUUAUUGAUGAUCGGUGACAAAGGUAUCAAUUUGAGUGGAGGACAAAAGGCUAGAAUAUCUCUGGCUCGUUCUCUUUAUGCUAAUGCCGAUUUAUAUUUACUGGACGAUCCACUUGCUGCUGUUGAUCCAAAAGUAGCGAAACAAAUUUUCGAUGAAUGCAUUGGUCCAAAUAGUUUUCUUCGUGGAAAAACUCGAAUAUUAGUAACACAUCAGAUACAUUUCUUAGUUGAAGCUGAUCAAACGAUUCUUUUGACAAACGGUCACAUUGAGGAAUUACAUAUUGAACAACCUGUUGAAAACCAACCAUCGAAUGAUACACCUGAAACAGAUUUAUCUAAUGACACAUCGAAAACAGAUUUAUCUAGUGAUACAUCAGAAACAGAUUCAUCUAAUGACAAGGAGACUGAUUGGACACUUAAAACUGCUACAACUGAUAUGAAUCCCAUUGUAACGACUGAGACAUCAGUUGAUGGUACCAUCAAAUGGAGUGUUUGGCUUCAAUUGUUCACUUCACCACCAUUACGUUGGUUUGGAUUUUUUCUUAUGAUAAUUCUCAUGUGUGGUGCUGAAGCUUUGUACGACUAUACGAAUCGUUGGCUUGCAUUGUGGUCUAGCAAAUCUGAUGAUCAACAAAAAUCAGCAUAUUAUGCUUAUGUCUAUCUUGGAUUGACAUUUGGUACAUUGGCCGUUAUAUUAGUACGUACCGGCUUUAUUUUCUUUAUUAUGUUACGUGGAUCAACCCAUUUUCACAAUCGAAUGCUCAGUGGCAUUUUGUAUACUUCGCUACGUUUCUUUGAGAGUAAUCCAAGUGGAAGAAUAUUGAAUCGAGCAAGCAAAGAUCAACAAGUAUUAGAUGAAUCGUUACCUCUGGCUUUAAUCGAUAGUACACAAAAUCUACUAAUGACUGUUGGUUCCAUUAUCAUCAUUGGAACGACUAAUCCAUGGGUGCUUCUAGUUCUCAUUCCUUUAGUUCCUAUAGUUUUGUGGAUUCGCCGGUUCUAUAUACGUUCUAGUCGUCAACUCAAGCGGCUCGAAAGUGUAACACGGAGUCCAAUGUAUGCCUUAUUUUCGUCUUCAUUGGAUGGACUCACUAGCAUUCGUGCGUUUAAAGUUCAAGCUGAUUUCGUAAAUAUGUUUAUGGAAAGAAUCGAUACAAACUCACGAGCUUAUUUCAUUCUCGUUGCCGCUUCACGUUGGUUCGGUUUACGACUUGAUCUCAUGACAUCCGUAGUUACAUUGGUUACGGCUAUUCUUGCAGUGGCACUGCGUAACCAAAUUGACCCAUCGGCGGCAGCACUCAGUCUGAGCUAUUGUAUUACUUUAACGGGUCUUUUCCAAUGGGGUAUUCGACAGUCAGCAGAAGCUGAAAACUAUAUGACUAGUGCAGAACGCGUUCAUGAAUAUGGUCAACUUGUGCCAGAGAGCCAUAGAAACAGUAGCGAAAGCGAUAUUCUCAUUCAACCACCAGAUGAUUGGCCUUCUCGUGGUGCCGGAAAAUCGUCACUCCUUCAGGCUCUCUUUCGAUUAGUGGAUCAAUCAGCAAUUAGUGGAGCUAUUCUCAUCGAUGAUAUUGAUAUUAGUUGUCUUUCACUCAAUUAUCUUCGCUCUCAUUUAAGUGUUAUUCCUCAAGUACCAAUAUUAUUCUGUGGUACACUUCGAUACAAUAUUGAUCCAUUCGAACAAUAUUCAGAUGAAGAGUGCCUUAGAGCACUGGAAUCUGUUCAACUCAAACAAUUGGUGUACAAUCAUCCACAGGGAUUAAGUUUAUUGGUGGCGGAAUCUGGAACUAAUUUGAGUGCUGGUGAACGUCAACUGGUUUGUGUAGCACGAGCCAUUCUAAAGAAGAGCCAUAUAUUACUUAUUGAUGAGGCUACAGCAAAUGUUGAUCAUACGACCGAUAGAAUGAUUCAAGAAGUCAUUGCUGACAAGUUUCGUGAUCGUACCAUAUUAACGAUUGCACAUCGAUUGAAUACAGUAGCUAACAGCGAUCGUAUUCUCAUGUUGCAACAAGGAGAAGUAGCCUACUUCGAUGUGCCUAGUAAUAUUAAUCUAACUUAA